UUUAUAAAAAGUCAAAGAUGACUCUUUCUGAGACAUUCCCACCACUCCCACAUUACAAAAUAAAUUCCUCUUCCACCCACCACUCCCCAUUAACCCAAAAAUCAUGAAUCCACUUCUUCUCUAGGCUCUGGCUCUUCUUCUUCUUCCUCUUCCUCUUCCUCUCUCUUUCUCUUCCACCUUCAAUAAUAUCUCAUUCUCUUCCUCUCUGAAACCUUUAAAAAAAGGCUGUGAAAGAAAAUGCUAGGAAAGAAGAUGGUUUCUUUCAAAAAAUUGGCAAAGAAAGUGAAGGAUUUGGGUGGAAACGAUCGUCAGCCAUCUUACAAUGAAUGCCUGCUGAGGGAAUUCGAGCAAGAUUCCCCUUCAUCUGCCACAACACCAACUGGGUUUCUGGCAGUUUAUGUAGGAGAGGAACGGCAGCGUUUUGUGGUUCCUACGAGCUUCCUCGCUCAUCCACUCUUCAAGAUGUUGUUGGAGAAGGCAUACAAUGAGUUUGGGUUCGAGCAGAGAAAUGGUCUAGUUGUUCCAUGCAGUGUCUCUACUUUCCAAGAGGUUGUGAAUGCUGUUGAAUGCAGUAAUGGGAAGUUUGAUUUUGGGAAACUAGUGGAGGAGUUUGUUUAGUAAUUAAUAGAAAACAAAGGGAAAAAAAUGAACAGAAGGUUGUUUUUUUUUUUUUUUUUUUUUCGUUGAGAUUAGGUAGGGAAAAUGAUAAGGGAAUAUCAGUACAUGCUGUGGAUUUGUAAUUCCAUGAAUGCAUUAGAAACAUGUAUCAAAGAGAUGUAUGAAUAUAGCUCUUCCAAAAGAAUGGAGCUUGUAGUUUUGAUCCUUUUUGGGAUGUCUAAAUUCCAA